GGGGGGGGAUCCUGUCCAUUCUGUGUGGAGUCACAAAGCCAGAAGGUGUCUAAAGAGAAGCAAGACUGGAGGACUGUCCUGAUUCUCAGGAGUGGCCUUGAGCCGCACUGCCCGUGUGCUGGGCAGUACUGCAUGUGAUUACUGAGACCUCCUUCACCAGUGACUGCCUGAGGCAAAGAGGGAGGGACGGCUGUGGGAGAUGUAAGAAAACAUAACUUAUAGCAUCUUUGGCCCAAAACGAAACUCUGGUCCAGAAAGCUCCAGGGGACACACAUUUAUUAGGCUUUGGGACCUUGGGCAAGGUUUCAGCCUUGUGCUGCCUCAGUUUUCUAAAUGACGAUGACCCCCAGAUCCUAGAUUAUUGUAAGAGUUAAAGAGAAUUAAAUGCAAGAAAAGUGCUUAGACGAUUCAGUGACAGUACACGGUGACCUACUGGCACCUGGUAUGUGCAGCGUGUGUUUACAAUCAUUUUUCAGGAGGCUAAGCUGGACUUUAUUUGGUGCUCUACCUCAGGAUUCUGUUGAUCAAACGUUUUCUAUUUGUGGAAUGGGAACACUCAACCCAAAAACCAAACCUGCUGCUGUCAAGGCGAUUCUGACUUCAUACCAACCCUGUAGGAUGGUGCAGGAGCAGGCAGCAUUUUGCUCUGAUGAACACAGGGUCACUGUGACCAGAACCGACUCAAAGACACCUAACAACAAGACAGAGCAGAACUGCCCCGUAGGGUUUCCAAGGCUGUAAUCUUUAUGGAGGCAGACUGCCACAUCUUUCUCCCACGGAGUGGCUGGUGGAUUCAAACCACAGACCUUUCAGCUAGCAGCUGAGUGCUUAACCACUGCACCACCUGGGCUUCUGUAGGGAACAAGUACGCACAGUGAAAACGUUAGGCGGGUUUUGGAUGAGCUCUGCUUCACCAUAGCCUUGCAUGGUCGUUUGCCCUCACGUGGGCAGUAAAGGUGUUGCUUUUCUCCCCUUAAAUGAAAAGUUGGUAGGUGAAGGAUAGCCUGAGUAUAUUUUAUGUUCCAUUUCAAGUUUAUGAUUUUCGUAGUAUUCCUGAUAAUUUAAGUAAAAAAAAAGCUCACAAAACAGAAAACCGUGUUUGUAGCAUAGACCCAUUUCUGUAAAAUAUCUGUCUGUGUGUGUGGAUGUCUUUGCAUGGGGAAGUCUGGUAAGGAUAGAUGUCAAAACACUUUGUAGUGGGAAUUCUGAUGACUUGAUGUUUUUGCUUGUUGGUCGUUCCUCAAGUUUUAAAACUUUACUACAAAGAAUAUACUGUACUUAUGGAGUAAAAGGAAACCCCGGUGGUGUAGCGGUUAAGCACUACGGCUGUGAACCAAAGGGUCGGCAGUUCAAAUCCACCAGGCGCUCCUUGGAAACUCUAUGGGGCGGUUUUACUCUGUCCUACAUGGUCGCUAUGAGUCAGAAUCGACUCGACGGCACUGGGUUUGGUUUGGUUUGGUUUGGGAUGGAGUAAAAAGGUAAACUGUACUUUUACAACCUGAUACUAUAACACUUUUCCUUUUUUAAAUAAAACCAAUUUUGGCUCUUUAUAUCUUUUGGCAGGCAUUGCAUAUAGGAUAAAAAUAUUUAUACCAUCAGAGUUCAAUUUUCUGAACAAGCGUGCGAAAUUAAGUCAUACAUUUGUUACUUAUAAAAGCCAGUACUCCUCUAUUAGGGAAGCGGACUGUGUCCCAGACUGUUGGAGUAUCAAACUGUAUAUAUAAUUUAUGCUUAUGGGGUGCUCACAUGGGAGUUUAGGGCUCUUUUGGGGAUGCUGUUAGAGGUUCAUGAAAGGAAGCUAUGUGGGGAAGAGGUCGUAGUACCUUUAGACGGCACUAUUAAAAUUUUAAUGUCAGAAACACAAACUGACUGGAGUGUAGGAGGCAUUUGUAAUAAUGUAAAUCUAUUUUCAUUCAAGGUGAUAAGAAGGAGAGUACGGCUAAUAAUGUUUAAAGGCCACCAUACAGGGUAUCCCGUGAUUGGCAGCUGUGAUUAUGGCUCUGCAGGUUUCACCUGGGUGUGCCUAUAGGCCUGCCCUGUGUUGUAGAUACAGAACCUUUGUGCUUUAACUAAAAUUGAUAACUUAACAGUUGAAAUUAUUAUCAGUGGUGGAUCUGGCGAUAGCUCCUCUGCGGUUCGUUAUUUUUAUGUGUGUGCACACUGUGUAACCGCCUCCUGUGUCAAGACACAGAGCAUUCCCAGUGCCCCAGAAUGCUGCCCCCAUACUCAUCUGCAUGGCUCUUCUGAUCUGUAGCCUUCAGAUUCGCUUUGCCUGCUUUUGAAUUUCGUGUACAGGUUUCCCCUGCUGUCUGAAAGUAGAGCAUUCCUGUGAAACCUUUCAGAAACCGAGAGGACAUCAAGUGAAGCAGCAAUUACCGUUAAUUUAUAUGGGAAGAAUCUGAGUGUUCCCAGACCCCACAUCGUACCAAUAACGCGUAAAGCCCAGAAUACCACUGCCAUGCAGUACAAGCAGGAACGAUGGGGUGAAGGGAGUUGGGCAAUGCCACUCUCGCUUCUCGGGGUGGGCGCAGCCUCUUCAAUGGCUCCCUGAAAAGCAAACGCUGACUGCUGUUUCCGCCUUUUGCCUUUUUUUCUAAAAGCAAAGUUUACUUAGGAUUUCUCUUGGUUUGCGAAAACAGGUACUAAUGUAGGUAUUUUGUAAAACUCGUUAUUGUUGUUAGGCGCCGUCGAGUCGAUUCCGACUCAUGGUAACACCAUGUAAAACAGAACGAAACACUGACCGGUCCUGAGCCGUUCUCACAGUCGUUAUGCUUGGGCCCGUUGUUGCAGCCACUGUGUCAGUCCACCGCAUUGAGGGUCUUCCUCUUUUCCGCUGACCCUGUGCUCUACCAGGCAUGAUGUCCUUCCCCAGGGACUGAUCCCUCCUGACAACAUGUCCAAAGUACGUAAGACGCAGUCUCGCCAACCUUGCUUCUAAGGAGCGUUCUGGUUGUGCUUCUUUCAAGACAUUUAUUCGUUCUUCUGGCAGUCCCUGGUAUAUUCAAUAUUCUUCGCCAACACCACAAUUCAAAGGCAUCAAUUCUUCUUCGGUCUUCUUUAUUCAUUGUCCAGCUUUCACAUGCUUACGAUGCGAUGGAAAACACCAUGGCUUGGGUCAGGUGCACCUUAGUCUUCAGGGUGACAUCUUUGCUCUUCAACACUUUAAAGAGGUCCUUUGCAGCAGAUUUACCCAAUGCAGUGCGUCUUUUGAUUUCUUUAUCGCUGUCUCCAUGGCUGUUGAUUGUGGAUCCAAGUAAAAUGAAAUCCUUGACAACUUCAAUCUUUUCUCCGUUUAUCAUGAUGUUGCUCAUUGGUCCAGUUGUGAGGAUUUUUGUUUUCUUUAUGUUGAGGUACAAUCCAUACUGAAGGCUGUGGUCUUUAAUCUUCAUUAGUAAGUGCUUCAAGUCCUCUUCACUUUCAGCAAGCAAGGUUGUGUCAUCUGCAUAACGCAGGUUGUUAAUGAGUCUUCCUCCAAUCUCGAUGCCCCAUUCUUCUUCAUAUAGGCCAGCUUCUCAUAUUAUUUGCUCAGCAUACAGAUUAAAUAGGUAUGGUGAAAGAAUACAACCCUGGCGCACACCUUUCCUGACUUUAAACCAAUCAGUAUCCCCUUGUUCUGUCCAAACAACUGCCUCUUGAUCUAUAUACACGUUCCUCAUGAACAUUAUUAAGUGUUCUGGAAUUCUCAUUCUUCGCAAUGUUAUCCAUAAUUUGGUAUGAUCCACACAGUCGAAUGCCUUUGCAUAGCCAAUAAAACACAGGUAAACAUCUUUCUGGUAUUCUCUGCUUUCAGCCAGGAUCCAUCUGACAUCAGCAAUGAUAUCCCUGGUUCCACAUCCUCUUCUGAAACCAGCCUGAAUUUCUGGUAGUUCCCUGUUGAUAUACUGCUGCAGCCAUUUUUGAAUUAUCUUCAGCAAAAUUUUGCAUGUGUGUGAUAUUAAUGAUAUUGUUCUAUAAUUUCCACAUUUGGUUGGAUCACCUUUCUUGGGAAUGGGCAUAAAUAUGGAUCUCUUCCAGUGAGUUGGCCAGGAAGUUGUGUUCCAUAUUUCUUGACAUAGACGAGUGAGCACCUCCAGCGCUGCAUCCGUUUGUUGAAACAUCUCAAUUGAUAUUCCAUCAAUUCCUGGGGCCUUGUUUUUCGCCAGUGCCUUCAGACCAGCUUGGACAUCUUCCUUCAGUACCAUCGGUUCCUGAUCAUAUGCCACCUCUUGAAAUGGUUGAACACCGACUAAUUCUUUUUGGUAUAGUGACUCUGUAUUCCUUUCAUCUUCUUUUGAUGCUUCCUGCGUCAUUUAAUGGUUUCCCCAUAGAAUCCAUCACUAUUGCAACUUGAGGCUUGAAUUUUUUCUUCAGUUCUUUCACCUUGAGAAACGCCGAGCGUGUUCUUCCCUUUUGGUUUUCCGUUUCGAGCUCUUUGCACAUGUCGUUAUAAUACUUUACUUUGUCUUCUUGAGCUGCCCUUUGAAAUCUCCUGUUCAGUUCUUUUACUUCAUCAAUUCUUCCUUUUGCUUUAGGUGCUCGACGUUUGAGAGCAAGUUUCAGAGUCUCCUCUGACAUCCAUCUUGAUCUUUUCUUUCUUCCCUGUCUUUUCAGUGACCUCUUUCUUUCUACAUGGAUGAUGUCCUUGAUGUCAUUCCACAACUUGUCCGGUCUUCGGUCUCUAGUAUUCAGUGUGUCAAAUCUAUUCUUGAGAUGGUCUCUAAAUUCAGGUGGGAUAUACUCAAGGUCAUAUUUUGGCUCUCAUGGACUUGCUCUGAUUUUCUUCAGUUUCAGCUUUAACUUGCAUAUGAGCAAUUGAUGGUCUGUUCCACAGCCGGCCCCUGGCCUUAUUCUGACUGAUGAUAUUGAGCUUUUCCAUCGUCUCUUUCCACAGAUGUAGUCAAUUUGAUUUCUGUGUGUUCCAUCUGGCGAGGUCCAUGUGUACAGUUGCCGUUUAUGUUGGUGAAGAAAGGUAUUUGCAAUGAAGAAGUCGUUGGUCUUGCAAAAUUCUAUCAUUCGAUCUCCGGCAUUGUUUCUGUCACCAAGGCCAUAUUUUCCAACUACCAAUCCUUCUUCGUUUCCAACUUUCGCAUUCCAAUUGCCAGUAAUGAUCAAUGCAUCUCUAUUGCGUGUUCGAUCGAUGUCAGAGUGUAGCAGGUGAUAAAAAAAUCUCCGGUUUUUUCGUCUUUGGCCUUAGUGGUUGGUCCGUAAAUUUGAAUAAUAGUCAUAUUAACUGGUCUUCUUGUAGGCUAUGGGUAUUAUCCUAUGACUGGCAGCGUUGUACUUCAGGAUAGAUCUUGAAAUGUUCUUUUUGAUGAUGAAUGCAACACCAUUCCUUUUAAGUUGUCAUUCCUAGCAUAGUAGACUAUUUAAUUGUCCUAUUCAAAAUGGCCAGUACCAGUCCAUUUCAGCUCACUAAUGCCUAGGAUAUCGAUGUUUAUGUGUUCCAUUUCAUUUUUGAUGAUUUCCAAUUUUCCUAGAUUCAUACUUCAUGCAUUCCAGGUUCCCAUUAUUAAUGGAUGUUUGCAGCUGUUUCUUCUCAUUUUGAGUCGUGCCACAUCAGCAAAUGAAGAUCCCAAAAGCUUUACUCGAUCCAUGUCUUUAAGGUCGACUCUACUUUGAGAAGGCAGAUCUUCCCUAGUCAUCUUUUGAGUGCCUUCCAACCUGGGGGGCUCAUGUUCAGGUGCUGUGUCAUACAGUGUUCCGCUGCUAUUCAUAAGGUUUUCACUGGCUAAUGCUUUUCAGAAGUAGAUUGCUGGGUCCUUCUUCCUAGUCUGUCUUAGUCUGGAAGCUCAGCUGAAACCUGUCCUCCAUGGGUGACCCUGUUGGUAUCUGAAUACCGGUGGCAUAGCUUCCAGCAUCACAGCAACAACGCAAGCCCCCACAGUAUGACAAACUGACAGACACGUGGGGGUUUGUAAAAGUGAGAUGGCGUAAAGCAAACUUUUGAAAAACGGGGAUCCUGUAAAAGGACCUCCUGUCAGGGCUCUUUGGCUCAACAUCAUAUCUGAGAUGCAUCGGUGGCGUUCCAUGUAGCAGUGGAUUGUUCUUUUUCAUGGCAUGUGGUUUUCCAGUGUGUGACUAUUUAUUUAUCUAUUCCAAUAUUGACAGACAUUGGGUUAUUUCAUUUUUAUGGCUGUUAGGAAUCAAGGCGAUAUGCACAUUUCCAUACAUGUCUUUUGGUGGACGUGAGCACCAACGUAUUCAACUAAGUUUCAGUUGAAUAUGUAACUGGGGGUGGAAUUGGUGGAUAUACACAUGGGAUGACUGUAGCAGAUUCUGCCAGGUAGUUUCCCUAAGUGGUUUAAUGUUAAAUUUUACAAGUUAAUAUAUAGUACCGUUGGUUGUGUGUGUGUGUGUACAGUCGUUUAGAUUUUACCUCACGUCUAGAUUUGUAUAACCAUUAUCACAGUUAGGAUACAGAACAGUUUCAUUGCCCACAAACGCCCUCCUGCUCUCCCUGUUCAGCCACACUCUCCCCACCCUACACCUCAUUUGGCAACCACCGAUCUGUUCUCUGUUAUUACAGUUUCAUCUUUUGGAGAAUGUUGUGUAAAUGGAAUUAUAUGUUACAGGUAGUCCUCGAUUUACUAUGUAUUCCAGUUACAAUGAACCACACUUAGGGUCAUCCCUUUUUUUUUUCUUUUUGGUGUAUCUUAUUGUUAGUAAUAUGUAUUACGUGCAGUGUUGCAACAUGUAAUUUGCUGCUGUUAUUCUCAGACGUAAUGUUUCGAACCCCCAAAGACAAAUAAAGGUUGGAUUUAUAAAGAUACUGGUAAUAAAGGCAAUGAUGAAAACUAAAAAAAAAAAAAAAAUGAGGUAUUUGACUUACAUCAGAACCAACUUGCUACGAAGUAGCCUUCUGAAUAAUGCAACCUCGUUGUAAGUAAUUAUCCAUUGUGUGGAUGUCCCACAGUUUAUCCCAUCGGGGUUGUUUCUAGUUUUUGGUGGUUAUGAAUUGAGCUCCUAUAAAUACUUGUGUGUGGGUUUUUGUGUGAAAGUAAGUUUUUAUUUCUCUAGGGUAAAUGCCAAGGAGCGAGAGCUGGCUCAUAUGAAAAUGUAAGAAACAAACUCUUUUUCAAAGUGGCUGUCCCAUGUUGUGCCCCCACCAGCAGUGUAUAAGAAUCCCAGUUGCUCCUCAUCCUUGUCAGCACUUGGUAUCGUCAGUAGUUUUUAUUGUGAUAAAUAAGCACGUAGUGGUAUCUGUCAUAGUUUUAAUUUGCAUUUCCCUGAUGGCUAAUGAUAAUGAACACUUUUCAUGUGUUUAUUUGCCAUUUCUCUCGGGUGAGGUGUUUGUUCGAGGCUGGCUUCGCUAUCUAGUGUUGCUGUAACAGAAAUGCCACAAGGGGAUGGCUUUGACAGACAGAUUAUUCUCUCACAGUUCAGGAGGCUCGAAGUCUGAAUUCAGGGUGCCAGCUCAGGAAAAGGCUUUCUCUCUCUGUUAGUUCUGGGGGAAGGUCCUUGUCAUCAAUCUUCCUCUGGUCUAGAAGCUUCUCAGCACAGGGACCCCAGGUCCAUAGGAUGCACUCCGUUCCUGGCGUUGCUUUCUUAGUGGUAUGAGGUCCCUCUGCUCUCCGCUCACUUCUCUCAUAUCUCGAAACAGAUCAACUCAAGAUAAAACCUAACCCUGUAGAUUGAAUCUUGCAUCAUUAACAUAACUGCUUCUAAUCCUACCUCGUUAACAUUAUGUUGUUACUUAGUCUUGAGUCAGUUGCAACUAGCAGCGACCCUGUGUACAAUGGAAUGAAACACUGCCUGGUCUUGCGCCAUCCUCACAGUUGUUGUUACGCUUGAGCUCAUUGUUGCAGCCACUUUGUCAAUCCAUCUUGUUGAAGAUCUUCCUCUUUUUCACUCACCUAUUUUAUCAAUCAUAAUGUCCUUCUCCAGGGACUGGUCCCCCCUGAUAACAUGUCCAAAAUAUGUGAGAUGAAGUCUUGCUGUCCGUCAGUUCUAAGGAGCAUUCUGGCUGUACUUCUUCCAAGACAAAUUGGUCCAUUCUUCUGGCUGUCCGUGGUAUAUUCAGUAUUCUUUGUUAACAUCAUAGAGGGUUAGAAUUUACAACACAUGGGAUAGUCAUAUCAGAUCACAAAGUGGUGGACAACCACAUAACACUGGAAAUCAUGGCCUAGCUAAGUGGACACACGUUUUUAGGGGAAUCAAGUCAAUCCAUAAUAAAGACUUUGCCUAUCUUUAAUUAGGCUCUUUGUUCUUUUCUUCUGAGUUUUGAGAGUUCUUUAUAUAUUCUGGACACAAGUCUUUUGUUGGGUACAUGAUUUGCAAACAUUUUCACAUAGUCCAUAGGUUACCUUUUUAUUCUUGUUAACAAUAUCUUUUGCAGAGAGAAAAAAAAUUUCGAUGAAGAUUAAUUUAUUGAAAAAAAAUUUUUUUAAUGGAUCAUACUUUUGGUUCCAUAUCUAAGAACUUUUUAUUUUAGCUCCAGGUCAUGAAUUUGUUCCCCAUUUUUUUCCUAAAAAUUUUGUAGUUUCACAUUUUACAUUUAGAUAUAUGACUUGUUUUGAGUAAAUUGUAUAGGGUGUGAGAUUUAGGUAGGUGUUUUGUUUUUUUCGUAUAUGAAUGUCAGGUUGUUCCGACCCAUUCGUUGAUAGGACUACCCUUUCUUUACUAAAUUGACUUUUCACCUUGAUCAAAAAUCAGUGAGCCUUAUUUGUGUGGGUUUAAUUCUGAUUUCUGUUCUGUUCCAUUGAUCUGUGGGUCUAGCCCUUUGUGAAUAUCACAUGAUCUUGAUUAUGUGUUUCUUUUUUUGGUAAUUGACCAUGAGCAUGCUGAGUAAUACGUGGGUUAUUUUCCCUCUUUUUUUUUUCCUUGUACCUCUGAUGAAAGUUUACAGAACACAUAUUGUUUUAUGACAUUGGUUAACAGUCCCAUGACACGUCAAUACUCUCUCUCCUCGACCUUGGGUUCCCUAUCACCAGCUUUCCUGUCCACUCCUGCCUUCUAGUCCUUGCCCUUGGGCUGGUGUGCCCCUUUGGUCUUAUUUUAUGGGCCUGUCCAAUCUUUGGCUGAAGGGUGAACAUCAGGAGUGACUUCAUUACUGAGUUGAAAGGGUGUCCGGAGGCCAUACUCUCAGGGUUUCUCUAGUCUCUGUCAGGCCAGCAAGUAUGGUCUUUCUUUUUGAGUUAGAAUUUUUGUUCUCCGUUUUUUUCCAUCUCUGUCUGGGACCCUCUAUUGUGGUCCCUGUCAAAGCAGUUAGUGGUGGUAGCCAGGCACCAGCUAGUCUUACUGGACUCAAUCUGGUGGAGGCUGUGGUAGAUGUGGUCCAUUAGUCCUUUGGACAAAUCCUUCCCUUGUAUCUUUAGUUUUCUUCAUUCUUCCUUGCUCCCAAAGGGGUGAGACCAGUGGAGUAUCACAGAUGGCCGCUCACAGGCUUUUAAGACCCCAGACACUACUCACCAAAGUAGAAUGUAGAGUGUUUUCUUUAUAAACUGUUAUGGCAGUUGAGCUAGGUGUUAACCAAGACCAUGGUCCCCACAGCCCUCAGCCCAGCGGUUCUGUCCCUCAGGGAGUUUGGAUGUGUUUAUGGAGUUUCCAUGACCUUGCCUUGUACAAGCCGUGCUGGCUUCCCCAGUACUGUGUAGUGUCUUACCAUUCACCAAAGUUAACCACAUAACUGUUGUCUGUUUAGUGUUUCGAUGAUGUCAGUCUUAAAAUAGUGUCUGUGGGUGGUGCAAAUGGUUAACAUGCCCAGCUGCUCACUGAAAGGUUGGUGGUUCGAGUUCACCCAGAGGCACCUCAAAAGAAAAGCCUGUCAUUCUAUUUCUGAUAAAUCAGCCAUUGAAAACCCUGUGGAGCACAGCUCUACUCUGACACGAGCCCAAAGCGGCACAGCAGCCCUGGGGCAGGGACUGGAAGGCAGGAGGGGUCAGGAAAGCUGGGAAUAGGGAACCCAAGGUUCAGAAGGGAGAGUGUUGGGACAUGUCGUGGGGUUGUUAAGCAAUGUCAUGGAACACUGUGUGUACUAACUGUUUAGUGAGAAACUAGUUUGUUCUGUAAACCUUCAUCUAAAGUACAAUUUAAAAAUAAAAAAAAGGGCAACACAGGAAAAAAAAAUUGUUUUGGCUAUUUUAGUUUCUUGAUUUUCCAUACACAUUUUAGAAUCAGCUUGUCUGUGGUGGUGGCGUUGUUAGGUGUCAUCGGGUCAGUUCUGACUCAUAGUGACUCUGUACGACAGAAGGAAACACUGCCUGGUUCUGCGCCAUCCUCAGAAUUGUUGCUCUGUUUGAGCCCAUUGUUGAAGCCACUGUGUCAACCCAUCUCACUGAAUAUCUUCCUCUUUUUCGUUGACCCUCUCUCUACCAAGCAUGAUGUCCUUCUCCAGGGACUGGUCCCUCUUGAUAACAUGUCCAAAGUAUGUGAGAGGAAGUCUUGCCAUCCUUGCUUCUAAGGAACAUUCUGGCUGUACUUCUUCCAAGACAGAUCUGUUUGUUCUCUUGGGAGUCCUUGGUAUAUUCAUUAUUCUUUCACGUGCAUAUGAGGUGAUUGAAAACACCAGGUCUUGGGUUAGGCACAUCUUAGUCCUUAAAGUGACAUCUUUGCUUUUUAAGCCUUUAAAGAGGUCUUUCACAGCAGAUUUGCCCAAUGAAACGCAUCGUUUGGUUGCUUUACUGCUGCUUCCGUGGACGUUGAUUGUGGAUUCAAGUAAAAUGAAGUCCUUGACAACUUCAGUCUUUUCUUCAUUCACCAUGAUGUUGGGCAUUGAUCCAGUUGUGAGGAUUUUUGUUAUCUUUAUGUUGUAAUCCAUACUGAAGGCUGUGGCCUUUGAUUUUCAUCAAUAAGUGCUUCAAGUCUUCACUUGCAGCAAGCAAGGUUGUAUCGUCUGCAUAUUGAAGGCUGUUAAUGAGUUUUCCUCCAAUCCUGAUGCCCGUUCUUCUUCAUAUAGUCCAGAUUCUCAGAUGAUUUGCUCAGCAUACAGAUUGAAUAAAUAUGGUGAAAGAACACAACCCUGGCACGUACCUUUCUGUCUUUAAACCAUGCGGUAUUCUCUUAUUUGGUUUGAACAAUUGCCUCUUGGUCUAAGUAACAGGUUCCUCAUGAGCACAAUUAAGUGCUCUGGAAUUCCCAUUCUUUGCAGUGUUCUUCAUAAUUUCUUAUGAUCCACGUAGUUGAAUGCCUUUGCGUAGUCAGUAAAACUCAGGUAUUCAUUUAUGGUAUUCUCUGCUUUUAGCCCAGAUCCAUCUGUCAUCAGCAGUGAUAUCCCUGGUUUCACGUCCUCUUCUAAAUCUGGCUUGAGUUUCUGACAGUUCCCUGUUGAUGUAUUGCUGUAACUGCUUUUGAAUGAUCUUCAGCAAAAUUUGUGCGUAAUAUCAAUGAUAGCGUUCAAUGAUUUCUGUAUUCUGUUGGAUCAUCUUUUUUUGGAAUGGGAACAAAUAUGGAUCUCUUCCAGUCAGUUGGUCAGGUAGGUGGCUUCCAAAUUUCUUAGCAUACAUGACUGUUUCCAGCACUGCAUCUAUUUGUUGAAACAUCUCAAUUGGUAUCCUGUCAAUUUUGGGGGCCUUGUUUUUCACCAGUGCCUUCAGUGCAGCUUGGACCUCUUCCUUCAGUACCAUCAGUUUUUGAUCAUAUGCUACCUCCUGAAAUGUUUUGAACAUCAACCAAUUUUUUUUUGUUGUUGUCUAGUGACUGUGUAUUCCUUCCAUCUUUUGAUGCUUCUAUGUCAUCUAAUAUUUUCCCCGUAGAAUCCUCAGUGUUGCAACUUCAAGCUUGAAUUUUUUCUUCAGUACUUUUCAGCUUGAGAAAUGCCUAGUGUGUUCUUCCCUUUUGGUUUCUUAUUUCCAGGUCUUUGCACAUGUCAUUGUAAUACUAUAGCUUGUCUAGAUCUACAAGCAAUUCUGUGGGGAUUUUGAUUACAGUCGCCUUAAAUCUAUAGAUCAGUUUGGUGGAAAUUGAUAUGCAUACCCUUUGAGCCUUCUAAUCCAUGAACACAGUAUGUCUCCCCAUUUAUUUGGUUUUCUUUAAUUUUUUUAACCAGCAUGUAGAUCCAGCAUGUGUUUUUUGUUAGAUUUAUAUGUAUUUCAUAUUUUUGAGCUCUUUACUAUUCUAAAAUUUGUUUUUAAUUGUUCAUUGCUAGUAUAUAGAAAAAUACUGUGUGGUCACCUAUUUUUUGACCUUCCUAAGCUUAUGUAUUAGUUGUAGGAGUUUUGGUGUGCAUUUAUUGGGAUUUUCCGUGUACACAAUCAUGUUGUCUGUGAAUAGGAACAGCGGUUUCUCCUUGCUUUUCAAUCUGUGUGCCAUUUACUUCGUUUUCUUGCAUUGUUGCACUGGCUAGAACUUCUAGUGUGAUGUUGGGUAGUAGUGGUGAGAAUGGGCAUUAUUACCUUGUUCCUGAUCUUAGGGGGAAGCAUUCAAUUUUUCACCGUUAGUGUGAUGGCUACUGUAUAUUUUUUGUAGAUACCUGUUAUUGAGUUGGGGCACAGUGGUUAAGAGCUAUGGCUACUAACCAAAAGGUCGGGAGUUCAAAUCCACCAGCUGCUCCCUGGAAACUGUAUGGGGCAGUUAUACUGUGUCCUACAGGGUUGCUGUGAGCCAGAAUUGACUCAGUGGCAGUGGAUUUUAUUAUCAAGUUGGGAAAGUUUCUGUUCCUAGUUUGUUGAGAGUUUUUGUUAAUGUAUAUUGAAUUUUGUUAAGUGCUUUUUUUUUUUUAAUUUUUAUUGAGCUUCAAGUGAAUGUUUACAAAUCAAGUCAGUCUGUCACAUAUAAGUUUAUAUACACCUUACUCCAUACUCCCACUUGCUCUCCCCCUAAUGACUCAGCCCUUCCAGUCUCUCCUUUCGUGACAAUUUGGCAGCUUCGAACCCUCUCUACCCUCCCAUCCCCCCUCCACACAGGAGAUGCCAACACAGUCUCAAGUGUCCACCUGAUACAAAUAGCUCACUCUUCAUCAGCAUCUCUCUCCUACACACUGUCCAGUCCCUUCCAUGUCUGAUGAGUCGUCUUCGGGAAUGGUUCCUGUCCUGGGCCAGCAGAAGGUUUGGGGACCAUGACCGCUGGGAUUCCUCUAGUCUCAGACCAUUAAGUAUGGUCUUUUUGUGAGAAUUUGGGGUCUGCAUCCCACCGAUCUCCUGCUCCCUCAGGGGUUCUCUUUUGUGCUCCCUGUCAGGGCAGUCAUCGGUUGUGGCCGGGCACCAACUAGUUCUUCUGGUCUCAGGAUGAUGUAGGUCUCUGGUUCAUGUGGCCCUUUCUGUCUCUUGGGCUCAUAGUUAUCGUGUGACCUUGGUGUUCUUCAUUCUCCUUUGAUCCAGGUGGGUUGAGACCAAUUGAUGCAUCUUAGAUGACCGCUUGUUAGCAUUUAAGACCCCAGACGCCACAUUUCAAAGUGGGAUGCAGAAUGUUUUCAUAAUAGAAUUAUUUUGCCAAUUGACUUAGAAGUCCCCUUAAACCAUGGUCCUCAAACCCCCCGCCCUUGCUCCGCUGACCUUUGAAGCAAUCAGUUUAUCCCGGAAACUUUGCUUUUGUCCAGUCCAGUUGAGCUGACCUUCCAUGUAUUGAGUAUUGACCUUCCCUUCACCUAAAGUAGUUUUAAGUGCUUUUUCUGAAUCAACUGAUACAGUCAUGGUUUUUCUUCUUUAGACGGUUGUUAUGGUAGAUUGCGUGGGUUUAUUUUUGAAUAGUGAACCAGCCUUGCUUUAAUGAAAUAUACCUCACUUGGUUAUUAUUCUUUUUAAAUUGCUGGAUUUGGUUUGCUCAUAUUUUAUUGAGGAUUCUUAUCUAUUUUCAUAAGGGAUAUUUGUCAGUGUUUUCUUAUACUGUCUUUGCCUGUUUUUGGCAUAAAUGUAAGGGUGGUCUUGUAAAAUAUGUUUUAAUUGUCCCCUUCUCUUCUAUUUUGGUAAUUUGUGGUUUUUAAGGAAUUGGUCUGUUUCAUUAAGUUGUUGAAUUUAUGUGUGUAGAGUUGUGUGGAGUAUUUCCACAUUAUCCUUUUAAUGUCUGUGGGGAUCUGUAGUGAUGUCCCCUCUUUCACUUUUGAUAAUGGUAAUUAGUCUUCUCUCUCUUUUUUUCCCUUUGUCAGUCUUGCUGGAGGUGUCUCAAUGUUAUUGAUAUUUUUGAAGAGGCAGCUUUUGGCUUUAUCGAUUUUUCUCUUUUUGUUAUCAGUUUCGUUGAUUCUUAUUUUUUUUAAGUCUGCUUCAUUACUUGCUUUGGGUUUAUUUUGAUUUUCCUUUCCUAAUUUCUUGAGGUUUUGUUGUUGUUGUUACUUGCUGUCCAGUUGGUUUCGACUCAUGGCAACCCCAAGUGUGCAGAGUAGAACUGCACUCCAUGGGGCUUUCAAGACCGUGACCUUUAGAAGCUCAGACUAUUGGUGUGAGGCCUUUCUUCUUUUCUAAUGUCAGCGUUUAAUGCUAUAAACUUCUCUCUAAGCCAUUCUUUUUAUUUUUUUAAUUUUUAUUGUGCUUUAAGUGAAAGUUUACAAAUCAAGUCAGACUCUCAUAUAAAAAUUUAUAAACACCUUGCUAUAUAAUCCUAAUUGCUCUCCCCCUAAUGAGACAGCACACUCCUUCCCUCCACUCUCUCUUUUCGUGUCCGUUCGGCCAGCUUCUGACCCCCUCUGCCCUCUCAUCUCCCCUUCAGACAGGAGAUGCCAGCAUAGUCUCAUGUGUAUACUUGGUUCCAGAAGCUCAUUCUUCCCCAGUAUCAUUUUCUAUCCCAUAGUCCAGUCCAAUCCCUGUCCAAAGAGUUAGCUUAGGGAAUGGUUCCUGUCCUGGGCCAACAGAAGGUCUGUGGGGACCAUGACCUCUGGGGUCCUUCUAGUCUCAGUCAGACCAUUAAGCCUGGUCUUUUCACGAGAAUUUGAGGUGUGCAUCCCACUGCUGUCCUGCUCCCUCGGGGUUCUCUGUUGUGUUCCCUGUCAGGGCAGUCAUCGGUUGCAGCUGGGCACCAUCUAGUUCUUCUGGUCUCAGGGUGAUGGAGUCUCUGCUUUAUGUGGCCCUUUCUGUCUCUUGGGCUUGUAAUUGGCUUGUGUCCUUGGUGUUCUUCAUUCUCCUUUGCUCCAGGUGGGUUGAGACCAAUUGAUGCAUCUUAGAUGGCUGCUUGCUACCUCUAAGCCAUUCUUUAUCUGCGUUGUACAAAUUUUGAUAUGCUGUACUUAACACUUUCAUUUAAUGCAAAACAUUUUCUAAUUUCCUUUUUGACUUACGGGUUACUUAGGAGCAUGUUGUUUAGUUUCUUGUUACUGGUUAUUGAGUUGUAGUCUAAUUUCAUUGUUUGAAAACAUGCUUUGUAUGAUUUUAAUUCUUAAAAAAAUUUUAGGUUCUAUGGUCUUUUUUGGUGGAUAUUACUCAUGCACUUAAAAUAUGUGUAUUCUGCUAUUAUAGGAUGGAGUGUUCCCUGAAUGUCAGUUAGAUCCAACUGGUUGUUGGUUUUGUUCAGUUCUUGCAUAUCCUUGCUAAUCUUUUGUCCACCAGUUCUAUCGAUGCUGAGACAUUUUGACCUUUCUGAUAAAAUGGUGGGUUUAUUGAUUUCUCCUUACAGUUUGUUUAGUUUUUGCAUCAUGUAUUUUGAAUCUCUGUUGUUUGGUGCAUAUACAUUUAGGAUUGUCCUGUCUUCAUGGUAAAUUGACCCUUUUUUGAAAUUGUGGUAAAUACGUGUGUUCCAGACGUCGCCAUUUCAGCAUUCUCAACGUGUACAGCUUAGUGACGUUAAUUGUAUUCAUCAUGCUGUGUAACCAUCACCAUUACCUUUUCUCAGCUUUUUCCGUUACCAUUAACAGAAGCUCAGUGUCUCCUACGCAGUGAGUCCCUUUUUAUCCCUCCCUGCCACCUACCUCUGGUAACCCUAAUAAUCUCAGGUCUGUAUAUAUUUGUCUGUUCAAAUAUUUCCUAUAGGUGGAAUCAUACAAUAGUUCUUUUUGAGCCUGACUUAUUUCCCUCAGGUUAAUUGGUGGUGUAGCAUGUACCAGGACUUAAUUUCUCUUUGUGGCUGAGUAAUACUCUGUUUUUUCAUCCAUUUGUAGAUAGACAUCUAGAUUGUUUCCAUCUUUUUGCUGCUGUGAAUAUUGCUGCAGUGGAGGUUGGUAUAUGAGUAUCUGUGUUCCUGCUUUCUGUUCUUCCGGACAUAUACCUAGGAGUGGAUUUGCUGGAUGGUAUAGAACUCUAUAUUUAACGUUUUGAGGACCCUCCCUGCUGUUUUCCACAGUUACUGUACCAUUUCACGAUCCCACCAACUGAGGGUUCCAGUGUCUCCACAUUCCAAUACUUGGUGUUUUUCGUUUUUUUUAAAUCAUAGCCAUCUUAAUGGAUGUGAAGUGAUAAUCUAAUUGCGGUUUUGAUUUACAUUUCCCUAAUGACUAAUAUGGAAACCCUGGUGGCGUAGUGGUUAAGAGCUGUGGCUGCUAGCCAAAAGGUCAGCAGUUCAGGUUCACCAGGCACUCCUUGGAAACCCUGUGGGGACAGUGCUACUCUGUCUUACAAGGUCUCUAUGAGUUGAAGUCGACUUGAUGGCAGUGGGUUUGGUUUUUUGGUUUAAUGACUAAUGUUAAGCAUCUUUUCAUGUGAUUUUUGUCCAUUUGUGUAUCUUCUUUGGUGAAAUGUGUCUUUAUGAACUGACCUUUUUACUGAUUAAGUUAUAACCCUCUUUGGUAAUUUUCUUGCCUCCGAAGUCUACAUUGAUAAUAAUAUGGCUAUUCCAGCUUGCUUUUGAUUAGGUUUUGCAUGGUAUAUAUAUUUUUUCUCCUUUUACUUUUAACCUACAUAUGUAAUUAUAUUUAAGGUGAGUUUCUUGUAGACAGCUGCUUGAUUAACUUUCAUUAAUUAUGUAUAUCCAUAUUUCCACUUUUAAUUGUAAUGUAGAUGUGAAAUAUGCUUACUAAUUUGAGGUCUUUUUUUGUCUGGCUUAACUGCUAAUUGAAUAUCUGUUUGGUGCUAGUACAGGAUAUAUACUAGGAUAUAGCUUUCAUUGUUGGACUUUUUGACCCUAUAGACUUUUGGACAUUGUCUUGCUGAAUUGCACAAGUGUGAAAACGCAAGUGAUCUUUAUUUCAGAGGGAGUCUAACCGGUAUGGCUUGGAGUUGAAUAGCUUCUAAGGGCAUGUGCCUACAAAACACAUACUUUCUUUUUAAUAUAGAAAUAAAUUUUACUUUUCACUUGUGUUUGUGGCAUUGAAUGAUCGUAUUUGUUUUCCAGGGAAAUUGACCUUUUUUUGCAUACAUUUGCAGAUUGUGAUAUCAAGUGAGGAACAUUUUUCUCUUGAAUCAUUGAGCACAGUAUUAGUUACAGGUUGAAACUGAAUGAGAAGAUGGGAAAUCUAACGUCUUAUGACCCAGAAUUAUUUUUUUAAUAAACUUUUUAUCUUGGAAUGCUUUUAGAUUUAUAGAAAAGUUGACAAAAUUUCCAUAUUUUCUUCACCCAGUUUUCCCUAAUGUUAACAUCUUGUGUAACCUUGUACAUUUAUAAAAUACUGUUAACUAAAUUGCAGACAUUAUUUGGAAUUGACUGAUUUUCCCACUAAUAUCCUAUUUCUGUUCUAGGAUCCUAUCCAGGAUACCACGUUGCAUUUAGUGCCCCCAGAAUUUUAAUUGUAAUUUUUUUGGCUGCCUCAUCUAUGAAAUGGGUAGAUUAAUUUUUGUCUUCCUCAAAUGAGCCCUGCAAAGGAUAAUUAAUAUUCAAAGUUUGGUAGUGAUUUUAUGUUUAUACUAAAAUUCAGUGAAAUUAUUAACUAUUUAAUAGUUUACUACAAUCUAAUUUUUUUCUCUGGAAAUAUCUGGCAGUUUUUCUACUGUGGUCUGAAGGACACACACUCUCUAGAAGUUACCGUGGAGAGGACAGCUCCCUCCUCCGAGGCUCCUGGAGGGUGGCAACCUGCUCGUGCAGACGCUGCCCUAGUAGUGGUUGGGACAGCUCAGAGAAGGGAGGUAGUAGCUCCUUGCCAAAGCUGUUUGGUGGCCUUGGGUGAAGAAAAUUCCAUAGAUGAAUCCCUGACCAUGUUCAUAGUAUUGCUGUCAUUGUUUCCUGUUUUUAAAAGCAUAAAAAAAAUCAUCUGUUGAUUGGCUUAAAUGUAAAUUUUGGCCACUGUCAGUAUUCUUCCUUCCAUUAAAAAACCAUAGAGUUUGGGUCUGUUAACCAGUCAUUACAGCCAGACCCCCAUCCACACGCAGUUUUUGAGUUGAACUGUUCCUUGUAAUGUUUGCAGAUUUACAGAUGCCCCAUUAGUAUUCCAGUUGGAAUGUGGGAUUGGCAGUCCAGAGAAUUAUAGAACUUUAGAUCUAGAAGGAAUGAAAAACAGAAUACUUAUUGCUGAGACAGAUUCUUUUAUUUACUAGCUUGAGGAAACUGAGGCCCAAAGUGUUGAAUUCAGCAAAUUCCUCUAGUCUUUUUAGUCAGUAUCCUCUCUUCCACCUUUCAACUCCUGGUGGUUUUUAUCCCUGAUCAGUAGUUACCGUAGAUAUCAAGACCCUUGUUUCAUCUUAUUCUUCCUUACUCUCCCUUUCCUCUCUCUCAGUCAGUCUUCAUGUGCACACCCUGCUGCCUUCUCUGCCCGGGUUCUUCUGCCUGCUUGCCUGAAGGCCUGAAAUGUUUUCCAUCUCUUUGAUGGUGCCUUCCUUACUCUGACCACUCCCUCGCCUGUCAGGCUUCCUGCCCAGUGGGGAGGAGAGGUCAGCGUCCCUCUGCACUCAGCUUCCUGCCACAGCUGCAUGCAUACCUGGUUUUUUCUGUCAGGUUGCUGUCCUGUGUGGAGGCCCUUCCUUCCACUGUACCACACACACACACACGGCUCUGCUGUCACGUUGCUGUCCUGUGUGGUGGUGUUUCCUUCCACUGUACCAUGCACACCUGGCUCUUCUGUCACACACACUUGACUCUUCUGUCACACUGCACGCCUUAUGUGGUGGCCUGGUACAGCCAGUGGGGCCAGCCUUUCCUCCCCUCUGCACCUUGCUGGGUGCUGGGUCUGCCUGGUGGUCUUCCCCUUCUUUGUGUAGGUGACUGCUGUUUCUCUCCUAAGAUGUUGGCUCUUCUGGGCAGCCUUCCUUCACCAUCCUAGGCCUGGUUGUUGCCUUCUUUCUCUGCUCCCUCAGUGCCUGUCCUUGGUUGGGUCACAGUGCUGAGGCUAGCUUGUCACUCCUGGUUUAUUGGAAGAUUUUUUCCCAGCUACUCCAGGACUCACUCAGUGCAUGGUAAGUGCUCCUUACAUGUUGCACUGAGAACAAGGCCAACUGAGAUUAGCGCCUGCAAUUCCUUUCUCUUUACCUUUUGUCAUGGAUUGAAUUGUGUCCCCCCAAAAUGUGUGUCAACUUGGCUAGGCCAUGAUUCCCAGUAUUGUGUGCUUGUUCACCAUUUUGUCAUCUGAGGUGAUUAUCCUGUGUGUUGUAAAAUCUGAUGGGAUUAUCCUCUGUGUUGUAAAAUCUGAUGGGAUUGUCCUGUGUGUUGCAAAAUCUGAUGUGAUUAUCCUGUGUGUUGCAAAAUCUGAUGUGAUUAUCCUAUGUGUUGUAUUUACAACACAUAGGAUAAUCAUGUCAAAUCACAAAAUGGUGGACAACCACACAGUAUUGUCAUGCAUCUGUCAGUUUGUUGUACUCUGGGGGCUUAUGUAUUACUGUGAUGCUGGAAGCUAUGCCUCCAGGAUUCAAAUGCAAGCAGGGUCACCCAUGGCAGACAGGUUCCAGCUGAGCUUCCAGACUAAGACAGACUAGGAAGAAGGACCUGGCAGUUUACUUCUGAAAAGAAUUAGCUAGUGAAAACUUUAUGAAUAGCAGCGGAACAUUGUCUGACACAGUGCUGGAAAAUGAGCUCCUUGGGUUUGAAGGCACUCAAAAUACAACUGGGGAAGAGCUGCCUCCUCAAAGUAGAAACCAAAUCAAACCAAUCCCACUGCCAUGAAGUCAAUUCUGACCCAUAGCAACCCCGUAGGAUGUAGUAGAACUGCCCCAUAGGGUUUCCAAGGAGCGGCUGAUGGAUUUGAACUGCAGACCUUUUGGUUAGUGGCUGAAUGCUUAACCACAGCGCCACCAGGGCUCCUUAAUGACGUGGAUGGAGUCAAGCUUUCGGGACCUUCUUUUGCUGAUGUGGCAUGACUCAACAUGAGAAGAAACAGCUGCAAACAUCUAUUAAUACUCGGAAUGUGGGACGUACAGAGUAUAAAUCUAGGAAAAUUGGAAACCGUCAGAAAUGGAAUGCAUAAACAUCGAUGUCCUAGCCAUUAGCGAGCUGAAAUGGACUGGUAUUGGCCAUUUUGAAUUGGACAAUCAUAUAGUCUACUAUGCUGGGAAUGACAGCUUGAAGAGGAAUGGCGUUGCAUUCAUCAUCAAAAAGAAUAUUUCAAGAUUUAUCCUGAAGUACAGUGUCGUCAGUGAUAGGAUAAUAUCCGUACGCCUACAAGGAAUACCAGUUAAUAUGACUGCUAUUCAAAUAUACGCACCAACCAUUAAGGCCAAAGAUGAAGAAACUGAAGAUUUUUACCAACUUCUGCAGUCUGAAAUUGAUUGAACAUGCAAUCAGGAUAGACUGAUAAUUACUAGUGAUUGGAAUGUGAAAGUUGGAAACAAGAAGGAUUGGUAGUUGGAAAAUAUGGCCUUGGUGAUAGAAAUGAUGCUGGAGAUCUCAUGAUAGAAUUUUGCGAGACCGAUGACUUCUUCAUUGUAAAUACAUUUUUUCAGCAACAUCCACUUGUGGUAUUUCUGUUACAGCAGCAUUAGAUGACUAAGACAAAUGGAGACUCCAGAACGCUUAAUUGUGCUCAUGAGAAACCUGUACAAAGACCAAGAGGCAGUCCUUCCAACAGAAUAAGGGGAUGCUGCGUGGUUUAAAGUCAAGAAAGAUGUGCGUCAGAGUUUUAUCCUUAUACCGUACUUAAUUCAGUCUGUAUGCUGAACAAAUAUUCCGAGAACCUGGACUAUAUGAAGAAGAAUGGGGCCUCAGGAUUGGAGAAAGAAUCAUUAACAACCUGUGAUAUGCCGAUGACACAAUCUUUCUUGCUGAAAGUGCGGAGGACAUGAAGCACUUACUGAUGGAGAUCAAAAACUACAGCCUUCAGUACGGCUUAUACCUCAACAUAAAACAAAAUCUUCACAACUGGACCAGUAAGCAACAUCAUGAUAAACAGAGAAAAGAUUGAAGUUGUAAAGGAUUUCAUUUUACUUAGAUGAAUGCCCACGGAAGCAGCAGUCUAGAAAUGAAAGGAGAAUUGCAUUGGGCAGAUCUGCUGCAAAAGACCUCUUUUAAAGUGUUAAAAAGCAAAAACAUCUCUCUGAGGACUAAGUGACGCCUGAGCCAAACCAUGGUGUUUCCAAUCGCCUCAUAUGCAGCGAAAGCUGGGCAGUAAAUAAGGAAGACCAAAGAAGAAUUGAUGCCUUUGAAUUAUGGUCUUGGCGAAGAAUAUGAAUAUACCAUGCAUUGCCAAAGGAGUGAACAAAUGUGUCUUGGAGGAUGCUCCUUAGAAGCAAAGAUGGUGAGACUUUGUCUCACUUACUUUGUACGUGUUGUAAAGAGGGAUCAGUUCCUGGAGAAUUAUGUCAUGCUUGGUAACCAAGUUAGAGGGUCAGUGAAAAAGCGGAAGACCCUCAACACAAUGGAUUGACACAGUGGCUGCAACAGUGGGCUCAAGCAUAACAAUUGGGAGGAUGGUGUAGGACUGGGCAGCUUUUGUUCUGAUGUACGUAGAGUCACUGUGAGUUGAAACUGACUUGAUGGCACCUAACAACAACAAUGCGACGUUGAUAAGGCAGGAUUAGUGGCUGUUAUUUUAAUGAGGCAGGACUCAGUCUACAGGAUUAGGCUGUAUGUGGAGGGAGUCUCUUUUGAGAUAUAGAAGAGAGGAGUGAGCAGAGAGGAGUGAAGAACCAGGAGGGGAGCAUGUCUUCAAGGUCAUAGCUGUCUGUCUCUUGGUUCCAGGAGUUUCUCAGGUGGGAAUCCCGGGUUCAGAGGACAUGCUGGCUCCUGGGUGCUAUCUGCACACUCCUGCCCCGGUGACCAUGGCUAGAAGGGUCACACAACAGUGAUCCAUUGUACCACAUACUCACUAGAAUGAUGGUUGGGCCUUUUUUUUCUGCCCAUCUGUGGCAAAUGAACUCAACUUGUCCAUAUUUAAACUAAACUUUCUAUACUAGAAUGCAGUGGUUGGGAAUUAUUGGUUUGUGUGCUAAUUUACCCAAAAGCGUUUUUGCUUAAAAAUCUCAGUUCAGCUCUAUUGGUUGUGUCUGUCAUGAGAAAGUUGUAUCCGAUAAUCUUGAAGGUCUUCUACAACCUUGUGAUUCUAUGAUUGUCACACUUUUGGUCAGACUAUUUCCGCGACAACUCAUCAUUUCUAAAGUGGGGCGUACUUCAGAUGCUUGCUGGGGAUUGUCGAAACUAGUGUUAAUAUUGUUAAAUAAGAAAUUUGUGAAUGUUUAGCUUGUGGAUUCAGACUGGUGUUCGCACCUGAUCUGUGUUUCAAAGGUCCUAGGGUAUCCUGAGACAAGAGAAGAUGCCCCAAACGGCAGAGGCGAUGUUCUUGCCUGGGGCAGUUAGCGAGUGCCCAUUAAGUACAUUUCGGAAUCCUACUGUCUAGUUUUAAUUAAGCUGGCCCCCAUAAAAUGGGCAGGUAGUCUGAAAAGAAACCCUGGGUUGUCGAGAAUGCUAGUAUUGAAAGAGCCAGGAAAUACCUCCCUGCACAAACAUUAGCCACAGGAUGAAGUUCAAAAAAUGAUCCAAGCAGACCUGAGAAUCGGCUCUCAAAGAUUGCUCACCUUAAUGAAUGGUGACCCAUGCCUGAAGUGGAUAUCUCUCCCUGAGAUACUAGGCAAGGAAAGAAUAUAAAACCCACUGCCGUCGAGUUGAUUACAACUCAUAGCGACCCUGUAGGACAGAGUAGAACUGCCCUCUAGGGUUUCCAAGUCUGUAAAUCUUUAUAGAAGCAGACUGCCACAUCUUUCUCCCACAGAGUGGCUCGUGGGUUUGAAUCACUGGCCUGUUGGUCAGCAGCCAUGUGUCUAACCAUUGUGCCUCCAGGGCUCCUUAGGAAAGUAUGUAGCCCUUCUUAAGAAAGUCAGCAAGGCAGUUGCAGUGCUGGUUAAAGUAAUCAUUGGGAAGAGGGACAUCAACAGCUACAGUUACGCAGCAGUGUUUAAAGGCUUACGGUACUCAGUCCACUAUUUUAUAGAAUUUCAUUAAGCUUAAAGGUAAACCCCUUUUGAGGUUUCUAACUUGCAUUUUUGAGUUGGUUAGGGUUCGGUUGCAGAAACUAGCUAGUUCUCAUAGACAGGCAUUUAAUUUGGAGAGUUAGGAGCAUAUCACGUGUUCGAAAGGGCUGGUGGAACAGGCUCUAGGCUGGGUUUCCAAGAAUGACUUACAGAACAAAAGGACAGCACUCAGCUGUAGAGCUGGCUGAGUCAUAUAUAACACCUGCCACACACCACUGGGAAAUGCUUCUUCCCCCAGCAGGGGCCGGGGAAGUGGGGGAAGAGGGGUGAAAUAAUAGACUGAAAACAAGGUGGCAACAAAGUAAAUCCGUUACUUUGUCAGCAGAGUCUUUCCGAUUGUUCAUCAGAAGUAUCCUGGAAGAUUUGAAAAAAUAAAUUAUUAGAAUAAACCAUGAUAUGUGGGUGGUUUGGUGUGUGAUUGGAUGGAGGUACAGGUAUUUCUAACACCCUUCAACUUGUACUUUUUGCUACAUUCUGAUUGAAUACUUUUUUUGUGAGUCAACUGAAGGAAAAAUCUCCUAGAGCAUGUAUGUUCCUCAGUGAUAAAUGAUUUCUUCGAUAAACUAGAUGUAACCAGCAAUGGAGCAGUUAUUUUGUAACGAAAACACACUCACUCACUCACUCACUCACUCACUCACUCACUCACUCACUCACUCACUCACUCACUCACUCACUCACAACUGUUCAGGGGUAAGGUAGGGUUACAGAAAGCAGCACAUGUGAAAUUCACUCACUGCAUCAUGCAUGGAUAUGUUCGUACAAUGAAUUGGAGCCAGAAGUACAUAAGGGCUCAGCUUGAGACCUUUAAAAUGUAGUAAACCUUUGCAAUAUUUUGUGUUGAACUAGGAAGUAACUAUGAAAAUAUUUGGCAAGAUACAGAGAUACGCUGGUUAUCUUGUGGCAAAAUACUUUAAAAAUGUUGCUAUUUAGAAAGUGAAUUGUUUUUCCUUUACAUAAACAUAAGUGGUCUAAAUUUGCUGACCUUUUCUGUAGUGAGUGGCUGCCACUAAGAACACUACCUAGAAAAUGCAGUAUUUUUGAAGAAAAUAAACACUUAAUCUGCCCCCACAAGAAGAAUGGUGACACUUUAACAGCGCGUGAAAAACUGAAAGAAACUUGCUGUAGAGAAGGUUUUGACAAUGGGUGUUUUAGAAUUUUCCCCAUUAUUUAUUUUUUGCUAAAAAUCAUGUGAAUCAUCAUCUUAUCCGAGCACUUAAACUUGGAAAUGAAUUCUUCAGCCCAUUUAAAAGCUUCCUGUUGUAAUGUUUAGUGGAGUUUUAAUGUGUUUGUUAAAAAUACAAAAAUGUGAUACCUUAUGAUAUUAUGUAAGAACCACUAACUCAGGAGGAAGAUGUAAAUUUACUUGCUGAAUUUGUACAAAAACCCCUGCCUAACUGAUUGAUAGAAUUGACAAGCAUGAUUUAGCAUCCUUUAAACCGUUGCCGUGGCUUCGAUUUCAACUCAUGGCAAACCAUGUAUUGCAGGGUAGAACUGCUCCAUGGGGCUUUCUUGGCUGGCGGCACAAUGACUAAGUGCUCUGCUGCUAACUGAGAGAUCAGCAGUUCUAACCCACCCAGUGGUUCCUUGGGAGAAAAGACCUGGCAGUCUGCUUUCGUAAAGAUUACAGCCUAGGACACCCUGUGGGCAGUUCCACUCCGUCACAUGGGGUUGCUCUGAGUCAUUAUUGACUGGCUGACACCCAACAAACAAUAAGGUUGCCUGGCCUUUCUUCUUCCAUACUGCUGUUUGGGUUUAACCAUUAACCUUUAGGUUAGUAGGUAAGUGCAAACUGUGUAACAGAUUAUGGACAACACUGUGAAGAAUGGGAACUCCGGAACACGUCAUUGUGCUCAUGAGGAACCUGUACAUAGAUCAAGAGGACAAGGGGAUACUUCGUGGUUUAAAGUCAGGAAAGGUGUGCGUCAGAGUUGUAUCCUUUCACUGUACCUAUUCAGUGUGUAUGCUGAGCAUAUAAUCCAAGAAGCUGGACUAUAUGAAGAAGAACGGGGCAUCACGUUUCGAGGAAGACUCAUUAACAACCUGCAUUAUGCAGAUGAUAGAACCUUGCUUGCUGAAAGUGAAGAGGACUUGAAGCACUUACUGAUGAAGAUCAAAGACCACAACCUUCAGUAGGGAUUACUCCUCAACAUAAAAGAAAAAUCCUCCCAACUGGACCAGUAAGUAACAUCGUGAUAAACAGGGAAAAGACUGAAGUUGUCAAGGAUUUCAUUUUACUUGGAUCCACAAUCAACACUCAUGGAAACAGCAGUCAAGAUCUUGCCUUGAUCUAUGUACAGGCUCCUCAUUAGCCCAAUUAAGUGUUCUGGAAUUCCCAUUCUUUGCAAUGUUACCCAUAAUUUGUUUUGAUCCACACAGUUGAAUGCCUUGCGUAGUCAAUAAGACACAGGUAAAGAUCUUUCUGGUAUUCUCUGUUUUCAGCCCAGGAUCCAUCUGACAUCAGCAGUGCUAUCCCUCGUUCCACGUCCUCUUCUGAAUCCGGCGUGAACUUUUGGCAGUUCCCCAUUGAUGAACUGCUGCAACCACUUUUGAAUGAUCUUCAGCAAACUUUUAACUUGCGUGUGAUAUUAACGGUAUUGUCUGAGAAUUUCUGCAUUCUGUCAUAUCACCUUUCUUUGAAAUGGGUACAACUAUGGAUCUCUUCCAGUUCAUUGGCCAGGUAGCUGUCUUCCAAAUUUCUUGGCGUAGAUGAGCGAGCACUUCCAGCACUGCAUCUGUUUGUUGAAACAUCUCAAUUUGUAUUCCGUCAGUUCUUGGAGCCUUGUUUUUCACCAAUGUCUUCAGAGUAGCUUGGAUAUCUUCAUUGUUUAUAUAUGUCUAUAUUUUGUGUACUUUUUACUAUACAUAAAUUACAUUCCUUACCUGCCUCUGAAUGCUGCUGUUACCAGUACGAGAUAUAUGGUGACCUAAACUCCAUGGUCCUGAGCCUCCAGCACAGUGUGUUAUGGGGACACUGUCAUCUGUGCUCAGGUCCCACUGCCAGAGUACUUCCAGAAAGGUGAGCCUGCUGGUGACCAAGCAGUGCCUUCUCGUGCCUUCUGCCAGCUUCCCAGUGGCCUCUUCCUCCUUUGCCUAUAUCCCGCUCCUGGGAAGUACAUCCACUGUGGUUUCUUAUCGAGUGUGUCCUGUGCUUUCUCCACUGGCACCUCUCUUCCCUGCCGUGGUUCUCCAGGAACCGUUUUUUCUCCCACUUGCCAUCCCCUUCUCCCAGCUCUAAGAACCUGCCUGUCUGUCCAACUCAGCUGACCUUCCCUCAACUUCUGAUGAAAUACAACCCAUUUGUAUUUACCUACAUCUUAAUCGUCCUUGACCAGAUUGAUUGUAAGUUCAUUGAGUGCAGAAGUUUUUUAAGGGAUAGUAACUUGUUCAUAGCUAGUCUGUGUUUGUUGAAUGAAUCAAAUGAGAUGUAGAGUUAAGACUUUAAGUUAUUUAAAAAUUUUGGCAUGCCAUUUGAAGUGUAUUUUGGAAUUUUCUACCUCGUGAAUAUAGAGUACAGGCAGAUUAUUCCUGAUGUUCAAAUAUACUAGAGUAAAAGGUGCAGUAAAACACUUCAGCCAGUGUUUCCUACAGUGAGGGGUGUGUGGUAUUAUGAGGUACAGUGACCACAUGUAAUGGGGAGAAUGAGGAAAACUGAGAGGUGGUACUGUGGAAAAAAACAAAAACCAGUUUCUGUCUGACUGAGGGCACCCUACGUGUGUCAGUGCGGAACUGUCCUCUGUAGGGUUUUCAGUGGCUGGUUUACUUGUAGAUCACCAGACCUUUCUUCUAAGGUGCCUCUGGGUGGACUUGAACCUCUAGCCUUUCAGUUAGCAGCUGAGUGUGCUAAUGAUUUGCACCCCCCCCCCAGGGACUCCCACUUUGAAAAAGGAGGGGUCUUACUUGGAGAAUUAGAACGCAGAUCUUAGGAGAUACUUGCGGGGAUUUGUUUGUUGUGCACAGCAGCGUUGGUUCCAGUUUGAGUUAGCUGUUGUGGCUUACAGAAGGGUUGCUCUAAGAUCAUGCCCUUCCCUUCCUGUGGCGUGGAAACUCAUGGUUGGGUAGGAUUAAAUUGUAACAUCGUUUCACAAGUAAAAAAAGUUGGUUCAGUAUUGUCCUUGUUAUUUCUUGAAAGGCUUUUAUGGGCUUACCCUUUCUGUUCCCGGUAAAGAACCAGCUGAUCAGAAACCCAUGUGUGGGAGUGAGAAAUUGUAAGGGAGGUUCUGUUGGAAUGAUAGAAUAUAACUUUCUAAAAAUUUGAUUUUUCUUAGCAAUAAUACAAAAGCAGCCCAAAAAGAAUUUAUUCAUAAUUAUGCAGAUAUGAGCUUUGUGCUGUUUAUCAGUUUUGAUAGUGAGAAUUCUGGCGUUUAGUGGCCUGAGAUACUCAUGACAGCGUGGGGAAUAUCUGGGCUGGGCAUACCUGAGAUGGGGCUUCAUUAACGGCUUGUUCAUUUGUCAUGUGUUCAGAGCAUCUCUCAUGUGUCUGGAGUUGCUGUGGCAGAGCAUGUAUCAGUGAACAAAACAGAAGAAGCUUCCCCUCCACUGUCCAGAGGGAGAUGGUGAGUGCAGAGGUGAGAAGAGGAGAGGGGCAGAGAUGUCUGCAGGGAGAUGGUGAGUGCAGAGGUGAGGUGAGGAAAGGGGCAGAAAUGUCUGCAGGGAGAUAAUGUGUGCAGAGGUGAGGAGAUGAGAGGGGCAGAGAUGUUUGCAGGGAGAUGGUGAGUGCAGAGGUGAGGAGAGGAAGGGCAGAGAUGUCUGCAGGGAGAUGGUGAGUGCAGAGGUGAGGAGAGGAAAGGGGCAGAGGUGAGGAGAGGAAAGGGGCAGAGGUGAGGAGAGGAAAGGGGUAGAGAUGUCUGCAGGGAGAUGGUGAGUGCAGAGGUGAGGAGAGGAGAGGGGCAGAGGUGAGGAGAGGAAAAGGGUAGAGAUGUCUGCAGGGAGAUGGUGAGUGCAGAGGUGAGGAGAGGAGAGGGGCAGAGAUGUAUGCAGGGAGAUGGUGAGUGCAGAGGUGAGGAGAGGAGAGGGGCAGAGAUGUCUACAGGGAGAUGGUGAGUGCAGAGGUGAGGUGAGGAGAGGGGCAGAGAUGUCUGCAGGGAGAUGGUGAGUGCAGAGGUGAGGCGAGGAGAGGGGCAGAGAUGUCUGCAGGGAGAUGGUGAGUGCAGAGGUGAGAAGAGGGGGCAGAGACGUCUGCUGGGAGAUGGUGAGCGCAGAGGUCAGGUGAGGAGAGGGACAGAGAUGUCUGCAGGGAGAUGGUCUGUGCAGAAGUGAGGUGAGGAGGGGGCAGAGAUGUCUACAGGGAGAUGGUGAGUGCAGAGGUGAGGAGAGGAGAGGGGCAGAGAUGUCUACAGGGAGAUGGUGAGUGCAGAGGUGAGGCGAGGAGAGAGGGGCAGAGAUGUCUGCAGGGAGAUGGUGAGUGCAGAGGUGAGGCGACGAAGGGGGCAGAGAUGUCUGCGGGGAGAUGGUGAGUGCAGAGGUGAGGCGAGGAGAGGGGCAGAGAUGUCUGCAGUGUUAAUUGGGGUCAAGGAAGGAGAAGGAAGCAGCUAGCAAAUGCCCAAAGGGAGUGAGGAAGCAAAGCUACGCCGACAUCUGGGCUUAUGGUAUUCUAGACACAAGGAACAGCAGCUGCCAAAGCUCUGUCACGGCCAGCCUUGUUCUUUUAGCUCAUGCUGUUAAAAUAAACUAUACUUUCCUAAGUAGUUGGACCCAAACAUUAUCUAGAACGUGAUCAUAAAAUCACAGAUUUCAGGAUGGAGCUGGGACUCAUAUGUUCAUUUCCAAAAUUUUAGGACUGGCCUGUGAUUGUCGUGACCACUGUUUGAUUUCAUCUCAUUCAGUUGCUCUUGAAAAUUGAGGCACACUCCCAGGGAUAAUUUAGAUGCAUCUUGAAGUUUUCCUACCUAAAUAUUUAAGUUACAGAAACUGAAAGCGUAACUUCCAAUCUUCACUUCUGCAUACCUUGUGAGAUUGUGACUGACUUCCCGCUGAACAGCCCAGCAGCUCUUCGGGACUCGUGGCCGAGCUGUUUGGGCAUCAGGAAUCGGGGCUCCAGCCGCCAUCUGCUCUGCCCGUGGCUGGGUUGUAGCCUGCACUUCUUGCAUAACGUCUGUUACUCUCAUUUUAACUGCAGGGUUGAAUUCAGCAUGUUCAGAUAUCUUAUCUUUGUCAGAACGUAGUACAUUCUUGUGAGCUGUUGUGAGUUGGAUGGUUUAGAUUCUUAAAGAGCCAUUUAAGUUCAGAGAGUCAUUCUGAGCCGAAGAAGCAACUCCUGUAAAUCUUGUCAAUAAAAUUUGAUGAUGUGGCUCAGAAGAUACCAAAAUAAACCAAGUCUCCACACAUCCUUAGCUUUUUCUAAGCAUUCCAUGAACUGGAGAAGGAUGUGAACACUCUUGGCCACUUUGUUAUUGCUCAUCACAGGAAUGCAGACUCUGGCGUGCGGAGCUCUGAGCACUGUCCUACUGGACACGCUACAGGAGAAGGGAACUCAGCCCUCGCUGUGCCAGGCGUCACUGACAUCACAGGUGUUCCCUUCUCCCGUUCAUCGUUCCAGCCCAUAGCGACAUGUGACGGCCGCUUCCCCAGGUGCUCUAGAUGUGAGGCCGUGUGCAGGUGUGAAAAAGGGCUCUGUAGGUGGACCAGCUGCCCUGGCGCAGGACUUGGCCAGCUGUCGGCACCUCUGAAGAACGACGACACUGCUUCCUCAGAGCAGGCGUGGCUAAGGGGCUGGCUUGGUUUUUCUUUGAAAGAAGAACUGCUUUGCUCCUGUCUCAGCCUCAGGUAGGUUUAUGGGGGUGUAUUUUUAGUCGUGCACUUGGCCCUCCACGUGCUCAGCAAGGCAGCGUGGCGCUGAGAAGCCACCGAGUCUGACUUCAGAGCAGGUGGGGUGGAGCGGAAGAGAGGCUGUGGACAGCAGCCCUGGGCACCAGCUUCUCUGUGUCCUGUGGCUCCUCGCUCCGUGUUGACUUCUCUGAGCCUCUUCUGGCGGAGAGCCUCUUCUGGUGGGCUCACUUCACCCAUAGGCUCUGCUCUUGGUAAUUUAGCUCAGCCUGGCUCACCUCUUCCUGGCAGCCUCCAGUGAUUACUGGUUGGUUUUGCUUUGUAUUUCAGUUCACAUUUCCCAGAAGGGGACCUGAUCCUGUUGGUAUGAUGGCUGUGAUGGGCUGCCUCGGGGCUGGUUGUUGGCCUGAUGUUGAGUUCAUUCCUUCCUUGAGGCCUGCAGUUGAGGGCAGGGCCUGGGAACCAAGCAGAGGACUGUGGGGGCAUGUUCCCUGAUGAGGCGCCCCCUGCAGGCAGGUGCGGGGAUCGACAUCUCUGUCAGGACCGUGAACUUUGGUUUGAUUUUGUGUAAAGAUUGUGUUAAUAUAAAUUUGAAAGCGUGUGGCUUCCGAGGUAGAACACCUAAUUUUAGUUAAAGGCGUUUUGGAAGAAGAGGAUCUUGAGGGGCAUGCAUAAAGCGAAAUUCUAGACCCAAUUUUUACCGCUUUCUAAAACUUGGUGAGUACAUCAAAGUAGAUUAUAAAGACUGAAUUUUAAUUUUUCAUUUAAAAGUUAACCCCAAAGCAACAUUUUAAACUUUCUGUCUGAUGCUCUUUCCCCCUAAAGUGAGGUCGUAUGUAGCCCCUCACUGAACCCAAGAUUCUCUGAGAACACAGCCCAAGAGCACCAGGCUGGGCUGAGUUCUUAAUCCAGCUUUGCCAGUAUCUCACUGUGUGCCCUGGAGUAAGCCUCAGCCUCCUCUGAUUUGUAAUUUGUAAAGUGAGAGAUUUAGGCUGAGUGUGGGUUGGAGUAGUCAGUGUUCCCGGUAGACGGGGAGGCAUGUGCCACAGUACUGAUGGUGAGAGGACACCGUGUCCCUUGGCUCGAAGCUAAGAAAGGGGCAUAAAGGACGAGGGACUGGGAGCACUUGCUCACCUAAGACCUUGUGGGCAGGGUAAGGAUCUUGGAAACAGUUGAAAGGCUUCACGCAGAGAAGGACAAAUGUUUUCAAGGUCUCUGUGGCUGCAGUGAGGAUAACACCGCUCACAGGGAGACACGUAGGAGACUGUUCAGUAAGCCAUGGUGGUGGCACAUGGUGGUGGCAGCAGAGGUGGGAGAGCACGGGACAUGUUUAAGGGACACAGGAAGAGCGAGCGAGCCAGCACUUGAACGUGGCUUCACUAUGCCAGGGUAUAGCUAAUUCUGAGGAUCCUGACCUCCAGUGCUACUGUUGCCCCCAGGACAGAGAAUACUAAAGAUGGGCUAGAGUUGCGGGACAGGUUAUGCGUUUUGUUAGUUUACAUUCGUUUUGACCCCCAUAUUCUCGGUUCAUAGCAUACUCUCAGCGUCAGAGGAGAACGGGUCUCUUUUUUUCUUCACUUUUUCUCUGCUUCAUUCUUUAUACCCACUCCUCUUCCCCUCCUUCCGGAUUUGUUCUCCUUGAAUGGGGUAGUGUAUUUGGGUGUGUUUGAAUCUAUGUUUGAAAAAAAAACCCUUGCGUGUAUUUGUGUGUUUAAAUUACCAAAACGGAGAGUGACGUGGAUCUUACUCUUUCUUUUUCAUGCAGCGUGAAUUUUAAGACCUGUGUGUUGCUGUGUGCACAGCUCGUUUGCCCGUUCGUUCCACGAGUAUCUGUUGAGUGCCUGGCUCUCAGGCACUACCUGUUGAAGGUGUCCUGCCUUCAUGGAGCUUACCUUCUGGCGGCAGGAGUCUGAUGACUCCUUUUAGUUUCGGAAUGAACCACAGAACACCACCCUACCCCGCUGGGGAUUACUGUCUUCUGUGCAGAAGUGAACGGAAGGACUCUUCAUUCCUGGAGAGUGGGAUUAAGACCGCGAGUAAGCUGGCCCUCUCCAUGGCCCCCAAAGGCAGCAAUGUGCUGCACCUGCCGCUGUGGGUGUGCCCAGACUGCCGGCGGACGGUGGAGAAGGAGGAGAGGCAGGGCCUCGACCAGACUGCGGGCCAAGAUUUUCUCCUGCACAACCCCCUUGGUGGAUCGCCGCCGGAGGUAGGAGGCACCGGGAGACUAGCUCUGGGCGCUGAGACAGUCCCCUCCUCGGGGCUCAGCAACUCCACAGGCGCCGACGCAGCCUGCACUUGUGAGGCCUGCAAUGAGCGCAGAGAAAUUUCAGCAGAGACAGACCGAGAAUCUCAGCAGCUGCAGAAUUACUGGUCAGAAGUACGCUACAUGGUGCGCUGUAUAUACCGCCAGGCCGGGACCCCGCUAGCAGAUGACCAAGACCAGACUCUCGUACCUGACAAAGAGGGAAUGAAGGAGCUAGUGGAUAGGCUCUGCGAGAGGGACCCCUACCAGCUGUACCAGCGGUUGGAGCAGCAGGCCAGAGAGUACGUGCUGGAGAUGAAGGUGCGGCUCCUCAGGCAGCUUUCGGCAGCAGCCAAGGUGAAAGCGCCCUCAGCCCUCCCAGGCCCGCCCCAGGCGCACCAGUUCAUCUCCCUGCUCCUGGAGGAGUACGGCGCCCUCUGCCAGGCUGCGCGCACAAUCAGCUCCUUUCUGGGCACUCUGGAAAACGAGCAUUUGAAAAAGUUCCAGGUGACGUGGGAGCUGCAUAAUAAGCACCUGUUUGAGAAUCUGGUCUUUUCGGAGCCUCUUCUCCAGAGCAACCUGCCAACGCUGGUGUCACAGAUCAGGCUGGGCACUACCACGCACGACACGUGCAGUGAGGACACCUACAGCACCUUACUGCAGCGCUUCCACCACGCGGAGGAGGAGCUGCACCACGUGGCUGAGGAGUGGCUGGAGUGCCAGAAGAGGAUCGACGACUACGUGGACGAGCAGAUGACGAUGAAAACCAAACAGCGCAUGUUAACGGAAGACUGGGAGCUUUUUAAACAGAGGCGAUUCACUGAAGAGCAGUUAACUAAUAAGAAAGCAGUAGCUGGCGAGAACCACUUCACAGACACCAUGAGGCACAUGCUGUCGUCACGGCUGGGCAUACCCGACUGCCCCAACUGUAACUACAGGAGAAGAUGUGCUUGUGAUGACUGCAGCCUCUCACACAUCCUCACCUGUGGUAUCAUGGACCCCCCCGUCACUGACGACAUCCACAUUCAUCAGCUGCCGCUGCAGAUGGACUCUGCUCCCGACUAUCUCUCUGAGAUGCGCCCACCGAGCGUGUCCUCAGCAAGCUCAGGGUCGGGCUCCAGCUCCCCCAUUACAAUUCAGCAGCAUCCCAGACUCAUCCUCACAGACAGUGGCCCUGCACCAACUUUUUGUAGUGAUGAUGAAGAUGUUGUGCCAUUGUCGGCUAAAUUUGCUGAUAUUUAUCCGUUGAGCAACUAUGAUGACGCUGAGGUUGUGGCCAAUAUGAACGGAGUUCACAGCGAGUUAAAUGGUGGCGGGGAAAACAUGGCCCUGAAAGAUGAGUCCCCUCAGGUAAGCAGUACCAGUAGUAGCUCUUCAGAAGCUGACGAUGAGGAAGCAGACGGCGAGAGCAGCGGGGAGCCUCCAGGAGCCCCAAAGGAAGAUGUAGCUCUAGGAAAUGGGAGCCUCGGGAAGGAGGAAGACAAAGUGGAUAGUCCACCCCCGUCAUACCCAGCUCCACAGGCUGAACAAGCUCAGAACACUUGUGAAUGUCAUGUCUGUAAACAAGAAGCCUCUGGGCUGACGGCAUCAGCAACAACAGCAGGAGCUCUUCCUUCUGGCCACCAGUUCCUGAGCCCCGAGAAGCCUACACACCCUGCACUUCACCUCUACCCCCAUAUCCAUGGACACGUACCUUUGCAUACCAUCCCACAUCUGCCUCGCCCUCUUAUCCACCCCACCUUGUAUACUGCGCCCCCCUUCACGCACAGUAAGGCUUUACCGCCAGCACCUGUUCAGAAUCACACAAAUAAGCAUCAGGUAUUCAGUGCAUCUCUUCAAGACCAUAUUUAUCCGAGCUGUUUUGGGAAUACUCCAGAGUGGAAUAGUUCUAAAUUUAUAAGUCUUUGGGGAUCAGAAGUGAUGAAUGAUAAGAACUGGAAUCCUGGCACUUUCUUGCCAGAUACAAUUUCUGGGAGUGAUCUGUUAGGGGCAACGCUCUCAGAAACAAGGCCUGAAGCCCUUCCACCUCCAUCUAGCAGUGACACACCUGCAGUCUCGGAUAGUAAAGAGAAAAAAAAUGCUGCAAAGAAGAAAUGCCUGUACAAUUUCCAGGAUGCUUUUAUGGACGCUAACAAAGUUGUCAUGGCAACCUCGUCUGCCACAUCCUCCGUCUCCUGCACGGCCACCACAGUGCAGUCCAGCAACAGCCAGUUCAAGGUGUCGUCCAAGAGACCGCCUUCCAUAGGUGAGGUCUUCCACGGCAUCAGCAAGGAGGACCCCAGACACUCGGCCCCAGCCGCGCCAAGGAGCAGCCCCACAGGGCUCGCGCCACUUCCUUCUCUCUCUCCUGCUGCGCUCUCACCGGCUUCCACGCCUCAUCUCGCAAAUCUCACAUCCCCGUCGUUCCCCAAGACUGCUACCCCAGCUCCUGGCUUCGUGGACGCACGCAAGAGCUUCUGUCCUGCCCCUGUGGCACCCCCACCCCCCACCACGGACGGCCCCCUCAGCGCACCUCCCAGCGUGUGCAGCGACCCUGACUGUGAAGGGCAUCGGUGUGAGAACGGGGUCUACGACCCACAGCAGGAUGACGGGGACGAGAGUGCAGACGAGGACAGCUGUUCCGAGCACAGCUCCAGCACCUCGACCUCCACCAACCAGAAGGAGGGCAAGUACUGUGACUGCUGCUACUGUGAGUUCUUCGGCCACGGCGGGCCUCCAGCUGCACCAACAAGUAGAAAUUAUGCAGAAAUGAGGGAAAAGCUUCGUUUACGCCUGACCAAGAGGAAAGAAGAGCAGCCUAAAAAAGCGGAUCAGAUCUCAGAAAGGGAAAGUGUUGUUGACCAUCGAAAGGUAGAAGACUUGUUACAGUUUAUAAACAGCUCAGAGACCAAGCCGGUCAGCAGUACCCGAGCAGCCAAGCGAGCGAGACACAAGCAGAGAAAGCUGGAGGAGAAAGCCCGCCUUGAGGCCGCGGCCCGGGAGCGGGAGCACCUGCAUGUCCUGGAGGAGCAGCGGCGGCGGGAGGAGGAGGAGGAGGAGCAGCGGCUGCAGGAGGAGCUGCAGCGGCUGCAGGAGCUUCAGCAGCUGCGAGCGGUGAAGAAGAAGAAGAAGGACAGGCCUGGUAAAGACUGUCCCAAGCUGGACAUGCUGGCUCGCAGUUUUCAGACAGCCGCAGAGCCUGUGCCCAGGUCUGAAAGCAUCCCCAAUGGCUCGCUCGCGCACACUGAAGAACCAGAAACUUCACCUCGCUCCCCUUCCAGACACGUGAACCACGCAGAGCCGAGGCCAGGGCCGGAUGCAGAUGCCGCAGACCCCGCGGGCACCAGAGACUCCAGGCUCUUGCUCCGGAAGGAGAUCAGCGGGAAGCCGCACGAGCCACUCUCUUUCCUGUUUGAUAUCAUGCACCACCACAAAGACGGGAGCAGCAAAGCCAAGCUUAGGCAGACUGGCAAGGCCAGCCCCAAAGCCACAGAGGCACCGCCCAGAGCCAGGCCCCAGACUGACGCGAAGGCCAAAGCUGUUGAGCUCACUUCCCUCACAGAGCAGAAGAGAGAGGAGAAGAAAGCCAACAGUAAUAACAACAACAAAAAGCAGCUGAAUCACGUCAAGGAAGAGAAGUCCACACCAGUCCCAGCUGAGCCCACCUCUCCCAGCGAGUGUCAGCAGAACGGCAAGCUGAUCCUGGCCGAGUCUCCUCAGCCGAAGGGCAAGAACAAGAAAAACAAGAAGAAGAAAGGAGACAGAGCCAACAAUUCAAUUGAUGAUGUCUUUCUGCCUAAAGACAUUGACCUAGACAGUGUGGAUAUGGAUGAAACAGAGAGGGAAGUGGAGUAUUUCAAAAGAUUCUGCUUGGAUUCUGCGCGACAGACCCGGCAAAGACUGUCCAUCAACUGGUCCAAUUUUAGCUUGAAAAAAGCCACGUUUGCUGCCCACUGAAUGAGGACCGCUGGAGAGGGCGCAGGCGUGAGCCCGGCCAAACCGCUGGCGUGCUGACCCUCGCUGGCCCGGCCCUGGGGUGGCGUGGCGGCUCCCCGAGUCCAGCUGGUGUGCCUGUAGUCUGUGAGUGCGACUGUGACUGUAGCUCUGUGCAUUGGGGUUGAACAGUAGCUUCCCGCCAAUUCCUCCAGCCGCCUUGGUCUCGGACACUUGAACCCGCCUCCCGGGCCUGGCCGGCCCAGCGCGAGUGUGGCCGUCCGCGUGGCUCCGUCGCCUCUGCAUCUCACCGUCCUGUCACCCGGUCCCCUGGGGGCCAGUCGUCACUCACGCUCGCGCCCCGCGUCCCCACCCGAUUCGCGGGGUCCAGGGCAGGCGAUCUUCCGUCUCCUCCACAACGUCCUGUUUGAGAGUGUACACGUUCCGCUAUUUGUGUUUGACCCCCCGACUCGUAGCCAGCUUGUGUAAGAUCCCUGCAGAAUGAGAAAGUUAAAAACGAAAAAUCCACCCAGUACUCACACCGUCAUCAAGUCUGUUAUAGAGUGUACAAUUGUAUUAACACGGAGGCCUGCCUGGCUACUUUUUUAACAUAUUGUUAAGUAAUAUUAAAAUCAUGUCUUUC